AUGCUGCAAGUGCGACUCCUCUGCAAGGUCCGAAACUUUUCUCCCAUUACGCGCAAGGGGGGGAGAUAGAUGCGCCACAAAGAUAAGACCCCCUCUCUGUGUGCAAGAUAUUCGUGAUAUAAAAAUGCUGAUAAAUACAAUCCAGGAUCAGUCCAGGUUUGCGAAUCUGGUCUUGAUUUCGUUGCACAUCAGCAGACGCGAGAAAACAUCAAAAUCGUCCGUCAUAUUUGUUCACCCAGAUCGGUGCUCAGCCUGGCGCACGCUUUGUUCCGCUCCUCUCGCACCGCAAAAAAUCUCUCCACUGCUUCAAAUUUGCUCCACUUCACCUCUCCUCUUCUUACAGUUCAAAGAAAUACAUCCCGGAUAGAUCAGCGCGCUCCUUUCUGGUGAUUUCAGUCCAAACUUAGGAGACAAAAACAAGCGCGAAAUGAGAGCAUCCUCCUUCUCACACACAGUGUACCACGAGCUCUCUCUCUCUCUCUGUCUCUCUCUUACAGCAUCUCAACUUGGUGCUCCCUCCGCUGCCUCUGGCUCUAAUCCAAUGUGACUCCAGCCGCGGUGCGCCCCUCGCUCUCCGUGCGUCACGUUGGUGUCAGCGCAGCCGGGGGGAGCCGCUAAUCGGCGCAGAUUUCAUCCGAGUACGCUUCCGACGCAGGGAUCACCUGGACUAUAAGGCGGCAUCAAUACUCACCGGCACCCUGAUUCAGUCUAAAGAACCCCCCACCACCAGACUACACAGCCCCCUCCUCUCAGUCUACCUCCCUCUCUCUCUCUCUCGCUCUUCUCGCUUUACUUUCAGCGCGGGCGGGGUUUGCAGCCGUGCCGUGCCGCGCUGCCCCUGGGGACGCGGGGCUGGCUGA